AUGAACAUGUUACAUCAUUCAAAGGAUAUGCACAGGGAGAUUGCAGAGAUGACCAACAGGAACAAGGAGCAAUCACGGACUGGCAUUAUUCAAGACAAGGACGGGAACAUACUCUUUGAGAAAGACAAGGUGGAAGGUAGAUGGAUGGAAUACAUUAGGGAUUUGUACUACUAUGGUCAAGUAAGUGAGAAGAACACGGAAGGUCCAGAAAUUUUGGUACCAGAAGUAAGAGCAUCCAUUGGAAAGUUGAAAACUGGUAAAGUUUGUGGUGUAGAUGGUAUUACAGCCGAAAUGUUGAAAUGCCUUGGCAACUCGGAGGUUGAGGAGAUCAUGAAGCUUUGCAAAACAAUCUACUCAACAGGAAAGUGGCCAACAGAUUUUGUGGUGUCAGAGUUUGUCAUGAUCCCAAAGAAAAUACUGCAGUAUGAAUAUCAGAAGAGCACAAUCUCUUUUGGUAAUUAUAUUCUGCCCGGGCUGUUGCACUGCAGCCUGCUGGUUCAACAGUUCACUGACACACGAGAGGACGGUAGCUUCGGAAAGAUGAAGAUAAUCUCAUUACUGUUUAUUCUGGGAGCUCACAUUCCCUCGAAUGCAGCUCUUUUUAUGGUCACUGCUCCAAGACUGUUCUAUACUGCAUCCUACGGGAAUAACAUCACUAUGGAGUGCAUAUUUCCAGUUGAAUCUAAUUUCCAAGUAAAUAUGUUAAGAGUAUACUGGUAUCACAUCCUGGAAAAUGGAACUUCUCAGCUGGUAUAUAAAGUACUCAAUGGGAAAGCUGUUCUCGAGGACCAGUCCGUCGAAUAUAGAGAAAGAGUAGCCCUGUUACUGGAUGAGCUUCACAAUGGGCGUGCUGUACUGGAGAUCAACCAAGUGAGAGUGAGUGAUGCAGGGACCUACCGUUGUGUUAUUUCUCUCAAUGGUGUGGAUUACAAAGAAUCUGCUCUGAGAGUCACAGCAUCAUAUAAAGACAUAGAGACCCUCAACACCAAGGGAAAAAUGGAGACAGAAUUUAUUUGCCAAUCAUCUGGGUACCCCUUAGCUGAAGUCAUGUGGUACAAUGCAAAUGGAGCUGACCUUAAUAAAACGGCCAAUACCACCCAUUUUACUGGCACCAAUGGACUCUAUAACAUACGCAGUGUACUUAGAAUACGGGCAGAGACUAACGAAACAUAUGUAUGCAUGUUUUGGAUUAAAGACCUUAAUAUGUCUACUUCUGCAGUUUUACAAAUUAAAGAAAUAAAAAGCAUUGAUGACCUGCCGGAGAAUACAAUCACAUUAAUAAGGAGGAGUUACCUCAUUGCCACAAUCAUUAUUUCUUUGUCAGUUCUUCUUGGAGUCAUUAUUAUCCUGAUAAAAUUAAGAAGACAUUGGCAAGUCAAGAGAAAAAUUGCCGAAGCCAGAUCGCUGAUAUGAACUCUCCUCUGCUUGAAGUGGAAAGAAUGUUUUGAAUGCAACACCUCAAGUUUUUCUUCUGGGAAAUGAGAACUGUGGACAUUUCUGUUAAACUGAGCUGGCAUACAAUCGCGUCUUACUGUAGAAGUACAGUGAAUGUGAAAGUUUAAAAAGAAGAAGCAGCCCCUCAUAUUCAACAUCUAUUUCUUAAGCAAAACAUCCAGGCUGCUUCCCAGUCACAGAUGUGUAGAAACAGUCCUCCUUUGGUCAAUGAUACGGUAUCUGUAAUGGUUGCACUUUCACUGCCUGAUAGUUGGCUCCAUAUUAACUAAAUAUUGUUUUGGAGUAAUUCCAUCUGUUCAAUGAAUAAACAAACAGCCAAACUGUAUGCAUUGGCUACUGUUUCUCCAAGGGCUGCCUGGCCUGUCCAGCAACAGAAAGCAAGAAAAUUAAUUAUUUUUUUAAAAUCUAAAGUGAAAAUAGCCACAGAAGCCAGUCAGCUGGGAAAUUUUAAGUUUUUUGUGGAAGGGGAACUUCUUGAACUUGUAACUUCAGCAAGCGGAAUUGUUUUAUAGCUCUGAUUCAGACAAGAUCCGAGAAGACCCUUUGUAUAUGCUUGUGCUAAUACUUGGGCUCCACAGGUCCUUUUUGAAGAAAAUUAUAGAGAAAGAGAAGCAGAAGAAAUACGACUCUGAAAUUUUAGAUUCAAAUCAAUUUUUGAAAUCAUGUUCUAUGUAUUAUUUAGUCUGCAUCAUUCAUAAAAUGCUCAGCAGUAUUAAGCACAAGAGAUUAUGCAGAUGUUGGAAAUCCAGAGUAACACAUACAAAAUGCUGGAGGAACUCAGCAGAUCAGGCAGUACCUAUGGAGAGGAAUAAAGAGCUGAUGUUUUCAACUGAGACACUUCUUCAAUAUACUCAGUACCUUCAAAUCAUUUUCUGAGAGACCUGCAGAAGACAAUUCAGCUCCAGAGUGAGUGAAACUCAGCAGCACUGUAUUUUCUUUAGUGGUAUCAACCUCUUUUGCAAAAAAAUCAAAAAAUUGUUGCUAACCUCCUUGUGGUUGGCAUUCCUUCAGAAGCAUGCUCAUUUAAUUUAAGAAAAGCUGUAAGAAAAAUACAAGCAAAGGUUUUUUUUAAAAAAGCAAAACUAAUAAGAGGUGUCCAUUUUAGGCCUUAAGAAUGUGCCUUUGGCCAAGUAGCAAACCCAGUAGCACAAGUAAGUUGCAAGGCUUCAUAUAUCAAUGCAGUUACUAUUUGAGUGUGUUUUUUUAAUAUUGACAAGUAAACAAAUACAGAUAUGUAGAGGAAUGACGUUGUUAAAAUCUCUAAAUCCUCCUAGAAUUCCCGUUAACUUUCAUGAUUGAUGUUAUUUUUGAGCUAAGUUUUCUUUAUUUAUGUCAGUUGUACAUUUGCUUUCUCUCAUUCAAUAUUUGUUUACUGUGAAACACUGUGAAGUUUAAUUUUUGUAUUCUAAGUUUAUCAACUAUUUUAUUUAGUUAAGCAAUGCCUGAAUAGGGAAUUUGCUUUCUUUUUAAGAGGAAUUUUUUAAGGGUGAUAUUCCCGAUGUGAAGCUGUUUGGUUGAUGACAAAGAUUUAAGUAAAUCAGUAGGACAAUAAUAAGUCUCAAUACAAUGUUCAAAGUAAAUUUAUUAUCAAAAUACCUAUACUGUAUAUUCACAGUAAAUACAAACAAUUGAAUUAAUGUAAAACUGGACACAAUAAGAUAAACAACCAAUGUGCAAAAGAUAACAAGCUGUGCAAAUACAAAAACAAAAAAACUUAAUAAUAAAUGAAUUAGCAAUAAGUAUCAAGAACAUGAGAUUAUGAGCCCUUGAAAGUGAGUCCAUAAGUUGCGGGAACCAUUUAGAGUUGGGGUAAGUGAAGUUAUCCUCUCUGGUUCAAGAUCCUGACCGGUGAGGGGUAAUAACUGCUCCUAAACCUGUUGAUGUGGGUCAUUGUUCAUUACAAACGAAUAUUGUCAUCGCCUGUUUGAACUACUCUCUACUCCUUUGUGAUUACUGGAUUGUAAUAGCUGAAUUUUGUAAAAGGUUCCUUUAUUGCACAAAGAUUAUAAGAAUUUCAAAAUAGUGAAUAACAUUUUACAAACUCAUGAAUAAGCUUAAUUUUCAUAAAAAAAGAAAAAUUGCACUGAAGAAUGUAUUUUAAAUAAAUCUAUUUAUAUAUCUUGUUUAAUUUGAUAAUGUAUAUUUUAUAUGAAAUUAUAAAUAAAUAA